AACCGGUACUGUCACGGGAUCAACCUCCCUUUUUACCCACACCACAAGCAUUUCAAGUGGCAAACAAAUACCGCAAGCAACCAAGAUGAAGGUAGCUACCACCACGAACACUCCACAAACUUUUUCAUCCUCCUCAGCAACACCCACAUCAUCAAUACAGCAACCAAAAACGGUCUUUGGCGUGAAAACAUCCCUAGCUGGGGGAGGUGAAUUUUUAAAUGCAAAAAUCAUCGGUGUUCGAAAUGUAGCAAAUGCCAAAGUAAAAGGAACUUCUUCGUUAAGUCUAAUGAACGCAUCCAACUUGAACAUUGCGCACAUAGGUGGAAAACAGGUUAUAAUUGCAAAUAACUCCACACUUGGCGCCAACCAAUCCGUCGUAGGCAAUAGCACGCGAAUUAACAGUAAUACCAGUAGUAUCGUUCCAAAUACGAAUACAAUGUUGCUAUCCGCAAAUAACAACUGUAGCAAUCUGGUGAUAGAACAACAAUGCCUAAAGGAUAAGGUAUUCAAAGUACAUACUGAGACAUAUGCAACAGAAAGGGAGGGCAGCAGUACAGUUAGUGGGCUUUCGGAACAAACUGUUAUGCUUCGAACACAAUUGGUAAAAGCGAAAUCCGUUCAACCAACUGCUGGAACUAGACUAACAAACCAAAGAUGUAAUACAACUUUUCCGACUGAAAACAGCGGAACUGUCAAUGAAAUUAAAAACACUGCACGUCUCGCAGCACAAGGUUCUGUAACUGUGCAGCAGCAACAUCAACAACAACAAAGACCGGAUCACAAUAUUAACACUGGAGGAAUCAAUGCACCAAGCACCAGCAAUGUAGGAAUGGUCACGACCGUUGUUACGCCAAUGAUGUCGAAGUCAAUAGUAAUACAACCUACUUCUAGUGGAAACAUCAAUUCGAAUACUAAGGUUACGGAAAUAGGAUUGCCAAAGACUCAAUCACAACGUGUUGUUCUCUCACAACCUAUCAUUAUACCAUCCAGUUUACAGACAUCCAGCUCUAUUAGUCUAAAACGGUUGAAGGUUAUUCCAAUAAAUAAACAAUGUAAAAAAUAGAUAAGUAAUACGUUAAGCUUAAAGUGUUUCUCUACAAUGAUAAAAAAUAAAGAUAUAAUAUAUGCAGUAAGAGGAUGCGUACAAAGAGCAAGUGCCAAGACUGUUUCAUUACAACAUUGUAGUUGUGCUGCUUAUUUUCCGUUCAAAUAAUUAGAGAGCGUGUUGUUUACAUUUCGGUUAGUUUGGCUCCUGGCGUAGGCAGGCACACACAUUAUGAUUACACAUUAUUAUUUAUGAUUAUUAUGAAAGUACGCUA